ACCACGGGAUUGAGCUCUGUCAGUGGCGCUCACUGCUUCCGAGGGGGAAGUGCCGGGGAAUAAUUAAUGUUUUUAUUAAAUUUGGAGGGAAUUUUUUUGCAGCCGAUCGCCGUGCGUGGCCUUCAGCCAUCUUGUAUUCCCCUCCAGGCUGAUUGGAGUCUAGAUCCCGAGGAAAUCUCCAGAUCCAAUGCCCAGUAAAUAAAACACUGAGCUCAGACUCGUGGAAGAGCCACAGGAUGGAUGGAUUUUAUGACCAGCAAGUGCCUUACAUGGUCACCAAUAAUCCGCGUGGGAGAAACUGUAAUGAGAGACCGACAAAUGUCAGGAAAAGAAAAUUCAUUAACAGAGACCUGGCUCAUGAUUCAGAAGAACUCUUUCAAGAUCUGAGCCAAUUACAGGAGACAUGGCUUGCAGAAGCUCAGGUACCUGACAAUGACGAGCAGUUUGUGCCAGACUAUCAGGCUGAAAGUUUGGCUUUUCAUGGUCUCCCUGUGAAAAUCAAGAAGGAACCCCAUAGCCCAUGUUCAGAACUUGGCUCUGCUUGCAGUCAAGAGCAACCAUUCAAGUUCAGUUAUGGGGAAAAGUGCCUGUACAAUGUCAGUGCCUAUGAUCAGAAGCCACAAGUGGGAAUGAGGCCCUCCAACCCACCAACGCCAUCCAGCACUCCUGUGUCACCACUGCACCAUGCCUCCCCAAACUCAGCUCAGACUCCUAAACCUGACCGGGUUUUCCCUGCUCAUCUCCCUCCUUCCCAAUCCAUUCAAGACAACAGCUUCCCUAUGGACCACAGAUUUCGCCGCCAGCUCUCUGAACCUUGCAAUUCUUUUCCACCUUUGCCUGCAAUGCCAAGGGAAGGACGUCCAAUAUAUCAGCGGCAGAUGUCUGAGCCUAACAUCCCCUUCCCACCUCAAGGUUUUAAGCAGGAGUAUCACGAUCCAGUUUAUGAACACAACACUAUGGUUGGCAGUGCAGCCAGUCAAAAUUUCCCCCCUCCUCUGAUGAUUAAACAGGAACCUAGAGAUUUUGCAUAUGAUUCAGAAGUGCCUAGCUGCCAUUCCAUUUACAUGAGGCAAGAAGGCUUCCUGGCUCACCCAAACAGAACAGAAGGUUGUAUGUAUGAAAAGGGACCUAGGCAGUUUUUUGAUGACACUUGCGUUGUUCCAGAGAAGUUUGACGGUGACGUCAAACAGGAACCAGGCAUGUACCGUGAGGGACCCACGUAUCAACGGCGAGGCUCACUUCAGCUGUGGCAGUUCUUGGUAGCUCUUCUUGAUGACCCAUCAAACUCCCACUUCAUAGCAUGGACUGGCCGAGGCAUGGAAUUCAAGCUGAUUGAGCCGGAGGAGGUGGCACGUCGCUGGGGGAUUCAGAAAAAUAGGCCAGCUAUGAACUAUGAUAAACUUAGCAGAUCACUUCGCUAUUAUUAUGAAAAAGGAAUCAUGCAAAAGGUUGCUGGAGAAAGAUACGUCUACAAGUUUGUUUGCGACCCUGAAGCGCUUUUCUCCAUGGCCUUUCCAGACAACCAGCGCCCCUUACUGAAGACUGACAUGGAGCGCCACAUCAAUGAGGAGGACACUGUUCCCCUGUCCCACUUUGACGAGAGCAUGGUCUACAUGCAAGAUAGUGGCUGCUGCAACACCCACCCAUAUAAUGAAGGCUAUGUCUACUAACAACAGUGACAGUAAAGGGGGUGUUUUCCCCCUCUCUUAGGCUUCUCCUCUUUCACAAGAGCCAGAGGAAAGCUGAAUCAACUUCAGUUUGUUUUUUAAAUAGUACACUAAAAGGGGCUUUUCCUGUUGCAUUAUUCCUAUGGUCUGCCAUGGACAGCGCACUUUAUUUGAAAGGGGAGGGUUGGAAACUAAACAUUAUUGUGUGUAACAGGAGGAAAAGGGUGGGUUUGCUUUUUAUUAAGUUUGGGAAGGGAACAUACAGGUUUUAAGUACAAAAAAGCUAUAUCAUGUCUGUUUUGUUUCACAUCAACAUAAAAUAUUGUACAUUUUCUCUGGGUAUCCGUAGUACAGUUAAUUCUCAUUGUGCAAAAUAACCACUUGCUGAUAAUAUCAGCACAACAUGCCUAGGGCAGUUGUUUCUUGCCAUUCUUAAUUGUCUUUCUGCAGAUAUAAAAGAGAAGCAAAGCAUAUACUGCAGCAUUUAAUUUAGAAGUUUGAAGUGCUGGACCUUGCAGCUUGCCUCCAAAAGCAAACAGAUAUCUCUAGAGUUUCACUUUGUUUGUAUGCUAGUUUGUAGGGCCUCAAAAAAAAAAAAAAAAAGAAAAAAGAAAAAAAAAAAAAAAAAAAAGAAAAAGAAAAAUCCCACUUAUUUGCAGAGUAGCCUUAAAAACAAGGACUAAGUCACAAAAUCCCUGACUUCAGACUACAAGCUGCAUGCUGUAACUGGAGUCACAUUACUAUACAUAUAUGGCUAGUGCUAUCACUUGGACAUUCCAGGAUCCAUCUGAGGGUAGUAAUUACAUGUGAUAGGCUGUCUGAUGAUCAUGUCAGCAUUAAAUACGGGAUCAUGAUCAGGAUGGAGAAAACAUUUCGUAUCCUUCCAUUUCCUUUGGUACAUAAAUAAGUUAUUUAAUCAAUAGGAAUUAACUGUACUAAGUCACAUAUCUAAUUAUGCUGUUUAGACACAGCAAGCACUCCUUGAGAAAAAUAUCCAAUACACUAAAUAGGUACUUUAGUAAUUUUUAGACAUGGUACCCAUUAAUAUGCAUUUAAACCUUUUACUGCUGUGUUAUGUUGAUAACAUAUAUAAAUACUAGAUAAUGCUAAUGCUUCUGCUGCUGUCUUUUUCUGUAAUAUUCUCUUUGAUGCUGAAUUUACUAUGACCAUUUAUAAGCAAUGCUGUAACUACAGGUAGCAUUUCAGGACAAAAUAGAUGACUUGAACCAUUUAUUGCUUAGAAAAUAGCUUACGCCAUAGCUGUGCUGUAAGCAGCUUUUAUGCGCAUUCACAAAUGACUAGUAAGCUUCAGCUUGCUGAGGAAAGCUCUGCAGAACCUUUUGUGAUAUUCGGUGGAACGGAGAGUAGAUGAACUGUCAAUACCAUGAAGUCACUGUAUGACAUUGUAGUGCUGGCACUGAUGUUACCAAUCAACUUGUUUUGGACACUAAAUGUAAAUGUGAUCAGAUAUGCUCGGAAGACAAUUUAAAUUUUGAGUUCUUUUUUUUCCCAUUGUUUAUAUUUUUAAAUUGGGUUUGUUUUGUUGUGGGUUUGCUUUUUUCUUUUCUUUUUUUUUUUUUUUUUUGAGGGGUAAUCUUAAACACAAGCCACACACAAUAUUCUGUAUGUAAAAUGAAAAAAAAAAAAAGACAAAAAAAAAAAUCUAAAGAUUUAUGAGCACCUUUUCUGAAGUGUAAUAUAUCCUAGUUUGAGGAAAGGGAGAGCUGGUAAGAUUGGGGUUUCUUUCUUUGCCCAGUGAAAUUUCAACAGGUGUUAUAUGGAGUACAUCAUUAUAUUAUGUUCUCAAGAAGUGGGAGGAAAAUGAAUAUAUCAAACAGUAAUUUUCAUCACAAUGGAUGGGUUUCAAAGACAGUCCUUGUUUGUGAAUAAAUUUUCCAUCCCGUGUCAGUUAAGACAUCAGUUAAGCUAUGAAUAUUUUAAGAAGCAAUUAAUCAAAAGUAAAGAAGUAGUGAUCAUUAGAAACCACAGGUGCAUAAAAAACAUUUGAGCAGGUAUUUAAUUUAGUCAGAUCCAGAAGACAAGAUAUUUUAUGGGAGUGUGUAUAUGCCUUACUAUGUCACCUAAUUCUGUCACCUGUAAUUUUCAAUGGCACUUAAAUUUGUAGAGAUCAACCCAAAAUCACAAGUCUCAAACUGCAGAAUUGGGAAGGAGGAAAAAGAAAAGGUUAAGUAAGAUUGUUUAAAAAAAAUAUGCAGUUUCAAUUCAAAUAAGGUCCAAAUGAAACAUGCUUUGAUGAAAAGUCCAUGGAUUGGUUUCGGUUACUUAAUGUCAGCAUGAAGCACCUCCUGCCUGUGGCAGGAUGUGGGUGUGGGAGAGGGAUUGGGUGAAAAAGGAAAAAGAGAUUAAAAAAAGGACUGAAUGCAUAAAAUGUGUAAUAUUUAAGAAGAAAUAUAUAUAUAUAUAUGUAUCUGUAUAGGGUAGUGACUCACUGAAAAGCAAGCAAUCAGUCCAACAUUACCAUGAUCUUUCAGCAGAAGAUAAAAAGUCUUUCACUGAACUGAUUAACCCUUUUUAAAAUGUACCUAAGAAUUUUAUUUAAAGUUUGUUUUUAUUCCA